AUAGAAUAGUUCAUAGCUGCAAUAUAUUAAAAACGCAUAAAUUGGCUUUUAGACAUUUUUUCAUAAAAAAAUUUAACAAUGGAUUUCAAUACCGUUUUUUAUUUUUUAUUUUUGUUUUUUCAUCUUCAAGUAAAAGCUUUAAUAAUUAAAGAUAAUAACGAAGAAGAUACUCCAAAUUGGCCAGAAUCAUGGGUUAGAACUCUGAAACAAGAGCAACUCAAUCGAUUAUUUCUUUCAUUUGGCUAUUUUAAUACGAAUUUUGAAGACUAUGCCUUAGACAAUGAUAAACUGAAAUUAAUCAUGACUGAUGAGGAAAUUGAAUUCAUAACUGAAAAAUUUGACAAAAAUAAAAACGAAAAAAUUGAAUUUAAUGAAUUUUUGUAUUUGAUGGAGGCCCAAGAGUUUGAUAAAAAAAUGGAUGAUGUUGAUUUUAUAUCUAAAGUUAUAAAAAAAAUAGAAUUAAAUGGCGUUGUGUUCAAGGAAGACUUAAAAGAAGCAAUUGAUAAACUAGGGUUUAUUUUCAGUGAAAAAUAUAAUGAUUUAUUUGAUCAAAAUCAAGGAAAAAUAGAAACAAAGGAUGCUUUGAAAUUACUAACUGUAAGAGAAAUACAGUAAAACUAACAUUACACGUUACGCAAACAUUGCAUUAAUUAAAUAAGUGAUUUGUAUAAUUAUAUAUUAAUGCAUUAAAAAAUAUCUUUAAACAAUCAACUUACUAUAAAAUAAAAUUUUUAUUUUGUAAUA